CUUUGCGAGCAUGACAGGACAAGAAGCAGAGAGGUUAUAUGGUUUUUGAUGCAUGGAGGAUAAUCAGGAUGAUAUUCCCGAUCCCUAAACUAUGUAAACCUCAAGAGGCGCUUUAACAUUAAAUCUAAGCCACGGAGCACUGUUUCAUCUAAAGGAUGUCUGAACGGGUGGGUGACGUUAUGAGACUGUGUUGUGAACUGUCUGCUAAUCAGCAGAUAAAAACUGCAGUAAAGCACUCUGGGAAGGGUGCAGCUGCAGCUGGAGGAUUGGCCUUUGCAGGAGGAUUGCUAGGAGGUCCCCUUGGUAUUGCUGUGGGCGGUGCCGUUGGUGGGCUUCUGGGAUGCUGGAUGACUAACGGACAAUUCAAACCACUUCCUCAGGUCAUCAUGGAGAUGACCUCUGACCAGCAGCAGAAGCUCUGUGUAGAUGUGAUGUCCAUCUUGGGCAGUAUCCAGUGGACAGAUGUGGCCCAGCUAACGACAAUGGUUAUGGGCAAUGCCUCUCUCAAACAGCAGGUGACUGCUGCCUUACUGAACUAUGUGCAUCGAGAACUUCAGGCAGAGAUACACUACGUGGACUGAGCAAGGGAUGGGGACACAGUCAUGAUUAGCCACAGCUUAUCCAUGCUUGUAUCUUUGGCCUCUGUGUGUACACAUUUGUGUGCUUGAAAUGCAUACAUGUGUCCUGUUUUUCUACCAAGCUGCAAAACUGAUAUAUUGGUUGGGAUCAGUAGUUUGUGUAUGAAGAGGCUAAAUGGAUGGCAUAUCAACUCACCAUUAAAAUGUGAAUACAAAAACGGAUGUGCAAAGACUAUUGGGUGGAGAGAUCUACCCUGGAAAUGCUGGAAAGGGGAACCCGUGAUCAUUAUCCGAUCACGUGAUUCAAAUCCAAACCUCAUCAGGGCAGGAUCGACUCCCACUGGGGUACACAUGUAGAAGUGUGAUUUUAAAUGACUGUCUCAGAAGUAGUCUGUGCAAAUAUCCUAAUGAGAUCUUGGAUAUUUAUGAUUAAUACAUUUUGUCCUUUUAGAGGAUAAUACACCAUAUUACAUGUACUGAAAGGGUAGAAUCACGAAAUUAGUACUUUUGAGACCUAUGGUUUGAUGUGUUUUUAAUACAUUUAAGUUGCAAUAACCUGAGUGAAUUACUUAAAUUCUGGUGAAAUCCAAGUAUCAGAAAUCCUGUGUCUGUUGACUUGAUAGAAUGUGAUGAACCCAGGGCCUUACCUUGUCAGAAAGGGGCUCCAUGCCAUACAUGGUUAAUGCGGUUUCACCACAAGAGCAACAAAAUUAGGACAAUGGAUAAAUCAUAAAUGAUUGUUCACCGUCAUUUGUCUGCAUUUUUCAGAGUAGCAAAUGGAAAUUGUGUCAAGUUAAUGAACUGGAUUGUGAAAUACUGUCUUUUUUUAUCAUGCGCAUAACGAACGAAGAGACAGCAACAAAUCUUGAUUUAUUGUGGGGUGGUGCCAACCACUUACCUGUAUUGUCUAUGAAAUAAACAUCAACUGAGAUAUUUAAA